AUGUCGUUGUUAUUGUAUGACUUGGAAUUUUGGUUCCCAUAUAUUGCAGCUGCUCCUGCUCCUCCUCCAGCACCUGUACAGAGUCAACCUCAACCCGCAGCAGGAGGUCUUGGUUCCUCAUUUACCGAUGGAAUUGCCUUUGGUAGUGGAAAUGCAGUUGGCCAUAGGGUAACAGAUGCCGUGUUAGGCCCUCGGGUUUUUAAACAUGAGGUUCAGGUGGCUGAUCCUGCCCCCUCAGCUGCUUCAUGUGCUGCCUCAAUGACAGCUUUCCAAGAGUGUCUCAAUGUCAACGGAGGCGACCUAAGCAAAUGUCAGUUUUACAUGAAUAUGGUUUGUGAGUGUCGCAGAAGUUCUACCACACUGGCUUGAUUUCUUAGACCUUGAAGACCAGCUUAAUAAUAUUAUGAUGACGACUAGUUUUGUUGGAUAGAGUUUUGGCUCUUUCUUUUUAAGUUAAUCACUACGUUGUCAUUUAGGG